AGUAGCGAGCCGCACCGGGUGAGGCUGCAGCCAACUCCGCUCCCCGCGCACUCGGCUGCCCAGGCGCUCGGGACGCAGCAGCGGCGCUUCUCCGCGGGGCCCACCGCCCGCGAUGCCCGCUUAGGAGCGGCGGCAGCGGCCAGCAUCGCCACGCCCGCGGCAGCGGCGCUCGCGGUCGCAGAGCGGGGCCACAGCGCGCCCCCUGCCCCAGCCCCCACCCCGCCCCCCACCCUGAAAUGACUUGUUAAUCCGCGCAGACACCACCGAAGGGACUCACCGGAGUGGAAUCCAAGUGGAAUUUGGAUUUGAAGAGUUUCUUGAACAUUUACUCCUUCCUUGUUGUUUUUCUUUCUUUCUUUCUUUUUUCCUCUCCCCUUCUGUGCCUGUCACUGGAGAUGAUCACGGCGCGUUUGCUUCCCAGAAAGUAGUCGCCGCGACUGUUACCCCCAAAGAGACAAGCACACAUGUAGGAAUGACAAAGGCUUGCAAAGGAGAGAGCGCAGCUUGCGGCCCGGAGAGAUCUCCUCGAUAAUGGAUUACUAAAUGGGAUAUACGCUGUACCAGCCCGCUCCGAGCCCCGGCCGCCUGCACGUCGAUGCACCGAAAAGGGUGAAGUAGAGAAAUAAAGUCUCCCCGCUGAACUACUAUGAGGUCAGAAGCCUUGCUGCUAUAUUUCACACUGCUACACUUCGCUGGAGCUGGCUUCCCAGAAGAUUCUGAGCCAAUCAGUAUUUCGCAUGGCAACUAUACAAAACAGUAUCCGGUGUUUGUGGGCCACAAGCCAGGACGGAACACCACACAGAGGCACCGACUGGACAUCCAGAUGAUUAUGACCAUGAACAGAACCCUCUACGUUGCUGCUAGGGACCACGUUUAUACUGUUGAUAUGGACACCUCACACACGGAAGAAAUCUAUUGUAGCAAAAAACUGACAUGGAAAUCUAGACAGGCUGAUGUAGACACAUGCAGAAUGAAGGGAAAACAUAAGGAUGAGUGUCACAACUUUAUUAAAGUUCUUCUAAAGAAAAACGACGAUACUUUGUUUGUCUGUGGAACGAAUGCCUUCAACCCUUCCUGCAGAAACUAUAAGAUGGAUACUCUGGAACCUUCUGGAGAUGAAUUCAGUGGAAUGGCCAGAUGCCCAUAUGAUGCCAAACAUGCCAACGUCGCACUGUUUGCAGAUGGAAAACUAUACUCAGCCACAGUGACUGACUUCCUUGCCAUCGACGCAGUCAUUUACCGGAGUCUUGGAGACAGCCCAACCCUACGGACCGUCAAACAUGAUUCCAAAUGGUUGAAAGAGCCAUACUUUGUCCAAGCAGUGGAUUAUGGAGACUACAUCUACUUCUUCUUCAGGGAAAUAGCUGUGGAGUACAACACCAUGGGAAAGGUAGUCUUCCCGAGAGUGGCUCAGGUGUGUAAGAAUGACAUGGGAGGGUCUCAGAGAGUCCUGGAGAAACAGUGGACAUCUUUCCUGAAGGCUCGCCUCAACUGCUCGGUUCCCGGAGACUCUCAUUUUUAUUUUAACAUACUUCAGGCGGUCACGGACGUGAUUCAUAUCAAUGGGCGCGAUGUCGUGCUGGCAACCUUCUCCACACCUUAUAACAGCAUCCCGGGGUCUGCAGUGUGUGCCUACGACAUGCUCGACAUUGCCAAUGUUUUCACGGGGAGGUUCAAAGAGCAGAAGUCUCCAGAUUCCACUUGGACACCAGUUCCUGAUGAACGAGUACCCAAGCCCAGGCCAGGUUGCUGCGCUGGCUCAUCAUCCUUAGAAAAAUACACAACCUCCAAUGAGUUUCCCGAUGAUACCCUGAACUUCAUCAAAACCCACCCCCUCAUGGAUGAGGCCGUGCCUUCUGUCAUCAACAGGCCGUGGUUCCUGAGGACGAUGGUCAGAUACCGCCUGACCAAGAUUGCAGUGGACACCGCUGCAGGCCCGUAUCAGAAUCACACUGUGGUUUUCCUGGGAUCAGAGAAGGGAAUCAUCUUGAAGUUCUUGGCCAGGGUAGGAAACAGUGGUUUCCUAAAUGACAGCCUUUUCCUGGAGGAGAUGAGCGUUUAUAACCCUGAAAAGUGCAGUUACGACGGAGUGGAGGACAAGAGGAUCAUGGGCAUGCAGCUGGACAAAGCCAGCAGCUCUCUGUAUGUUGCAUUCUCCACCUGUGUGAUAAAGCUUCCCCUUGGCCGGUGCGAACGACACGGGAAGUGUAAAAAAACCUGCAUCGCCUCCAGAGACCCGUACUGCGGGUGGAUAAAGGAAGGUGGUGCCUGCGCCCACCUGUCACCCAGCAGCAGACUGACUUUUGAACAGGACAUAGAACGUGGCAGCACAGAGGGCCUGGGAGACUGUCACAAUUCCUUCGUGGCCCUGAAUGACAUUUCAACUCCUCUUCCAGAUCAUGAAAUGUCUUACAACACAGUAUAUGGGCACUCCAGUUCCCUCUUGCCCAGCACCACCACGUCAGACACGGCGGCUCAAGAGGGGUAUGAGUCUAGGGCGGGAAUGCUGGACUGGAAGGACCUGCUCCAUUCACCCGACAGCACAGACUCUUUGGGGGCAGUGUCUUCCCGUAAUCACCAAGACAAGAAGGGAGUGAUUCGGGAAAGUUACCUCAAAGGCCAUGACCAGCUCGUCCCUGUCACCCUCUUGGCCAUUGCGGUCAUUCUGGCUUUUGUCAUGGGGGCUGUCUUCUCCGGCAUCAUCGUCUAUUGCGUCUGCGACCACAGGCGCAAGGACGUGUCCGCCGUGCAGCGCAAGGAGAAGGAGCUCACCCACUCGCGCCGGGGCUCCAUGAGCAGCGUCACCAAGCUCAGCGGCCUCUUUGGGGACACCCAGUCCAAAGAUCCAAAGCCGGAGGCCAUCCUCACGCCACUCAUGCACAACGGCAAGCUCGCCACGCCCGGCAACACGGCCAAGAUGCUCAUCAAGGCUGAUCAGCACCACUUAGACCUGGCGGCCUUGCCCACCCCAGAGUCCACCCCGACGCUGCAGCAGAAGCGGAAGCCCAGCCGCGGCAGCCGCGAGUGGGAGAGGAACCAGAACCUCAUCAACGCCUGCACCAAGGACAUGCCCCCCAUGGGCUCCCCUGUGAUCCCCACGGACCUGCCCCUGCGGGCCUCCCCCAGCCACAUCCCCAGCGUGGUGGUCCUGCCCAUCACGCAGCAGGGCUACCAGCACGAGUACGUGGACCAGCCCAAAAUGAGCGAGGUGGCCCAGAUGGCGCUGGAGGACCAGGCCGCCACCCUGGAGUAUAAGACCAUCAAGGAACAUCUCAGCAGCAAGAGCCCCAACCACGGGGUGAACCUGGUGGAGAACCUGGACAGCCUGCCCCCCAAAGUCCCCCAGCGGGAGGCCUCCCUGGGCCCUCCGGGAGCCUCCCUGUCUCAGAACGGCCUGAGCAAGCGGCUGGAAAUGCACCACUCCUCCUCCUACGGCCUUGACUAUAAGAGGAGCUACCCCACCACGAACUCGCUCACGAGAAGCCACCAGGCCACCACUCUCAAAAGAAACAAUACUAACUGCUCCAAUUCCUCCCACCUGUCCAGAAACCAGAGCUUUGGCCGGGGAGACAACCCGCCCCCCGCCCCGCAGAGGGUGGACUCGAUCCAGGUGCACGGCGCGCAGCCCUCCGGCCAGGCCGUGACUAUUUCGCAGCAGCCCAGCCUCAACGCCUACAACUCGCUGACGAGGUCGGGGCUGAAGCGCACCCCCUCGCUAAAGCCGGACGUGCCCCCCAAACCCUCCUUCGCCCCCCUUUCCACAUCCAUGAAGCCCAAUGACGCGUGUACAUAAUCCCAGGGGGAGGGGUCAGGUGUCGAACCAGCAGGAACGGCCAGGCGCGCGCCCAGCUCGGCGAGGCCCUCCACUGCCUGAGUACCCACCAGACCAAGAUGGCCGCGGCGGCGCGGAGGACGCUGGGUCCCCCCCUCGGGGGCGCCGGGGGACUCUGGAAAAUUGGGCCACGUGGUGGGGUGAAGGUUUGCGACGCGGGACUCACCUCCAUUCUCUGACUUCACUGUCCCCUCACGCCGUGCAGCAGGUCGGACUCACGAGAGACUUGAAUUCUCAUCACAAACAUGAGCCAAAAGCACAUACCCACCCCCCCCAACCUUCACACGCAUGCGCGCGCACCUG